AUGCCAUCAUCAUCACAUUCUGCUGAUGCUCCCUUGCCCGUUAAGGGGAUAAUCGAUAAACUUUCUGAAUCCUUUCUUUCCAAGGGGAAAAAUUCCUUUCCUAAAUCUGUACCCAAAAAUACCCAUAGUGCUACCGACUCCAAUGGUGUUCUUUGCUGUUGGAGUGCCAACCAGGCUCAACCUAACUCUACUCCUGUUCCUGCUGAUCCGAUUCCAAACAAGCUUGAACUAUAUGAUCGGUUUAAGAAGUUAGAAAGAGAUAUCAAGUACGCAGAAUGUGCAUAUACCAAGCUGAAGGACUUGGAGCAAAAAAGUGCACAUACCAAGCUGAAGGACUUGGAGCAAAAUUUCAGUGCCUACCAGACUCCUGAGCAACAUUUCGGUAACCUCCGAAAGAAUUGGAACAGUUUUCCUAAGUAUAAAUGGGAAGAUGAUAUUCCCACCAAGGAAGUUUACGACAAGGUAUCCUUACUCGAGGAAAUGUUGAGAGACCUGAGACAUCAGAUUAAAAAUGCUCUGCGAAAGAAAAAAGAUGAAUACCACGGCGGCGACGGUGGUGGAACUGUGGGCACAACGUUUGAUGCAUACUAUUUGGUUGGUGAGAAGCAAAGUGAAGACAUGAAGAAGAAGAUUCAGGGGAGCUCUGCUUUCCUUGAUUUUUAUGAAGAUUUUCUGGAGGUCUUCAAUUAUCUCGAACCCAAGACGAAGUUAUGUUUGCUGUGUUUUUCUGUAUUUCCAGAAAAAGCUGUUGUGAAGAAGAGGAUUCUGGUGCAAUGGUGGAUUGGCGAGGGCUUCGUCGACGACCGUUCCGAUGCUACGAGUAUUCUGUGGAAUAUAGUAGCCAAAGGAUUCAUUGAACCCGACCUCGAGAAUCGAAGACUGGCUGGCUUCAAGAUGGAUCCUUUGGUUCGCCUUGUUGUAGUAAGAAUUGCGGAGGAAUGUAGAUUCCUCAGCUUCGAUCCCUUGGGAGUUCCUGCAGACGACAUCAGCUGGUCUCACCGGGCUUGUUUGGUGGUCAGGGGAAAAGAAUCGUCUCGGGCUCGACUGACAAGGGGAGUGCAUCAAGCGAAACUGCAUACCCUGUUCAAUGUCAAUGAUCCUUAUCCAGAUUUUAAAGAGGAGUGGUUCUCAAAGCUGAAAAAUCUCAAUGUGCUAUGCCUCGGUGGUUGGCAGGGUUCGGCUGGUCAACAUGUCGAAAUAGAGGACACCGAAUUCUUGGAUGCCCUGGAGAAUAUGGAAUAUCUCAGGUUUUUAAGUCUUCAAGGUACUUCAAGAAUAACCAAGCUCCCAGAUUCCAUAUGCAAGCUCAAGAACUUGCUGGUUUUGGAUCUCAGAGCCUGUCACAAUUUGGAGGCGCUCCCUAAGAACAUAGACGCGCUCAAGAACCUCACCCACUUCGACGUCUCUGAGUGUUACCUGCUCGAUCACAUUCCGGAAGUCCUUGCCUCGCUCACCCAACUCCAAGUCCUCAAGGGCUUUCUCAUCGGUCAGUCAACAAGUAAAAAAUCUUGUGGCCUCGAAGCUUUGGGAAAAUUGAAGGAGCUGAGAAAAUUGAGCAUCAAUACAGCCAGGGAAGACUUCCCUAGGCCGGAAGAGGUAAAAGUUCUGCGGAGUCUUGAGCAUCUCGAGAAGCUGAAAAUAACAUGGCGAGGGAAACCAUCAAAAACACAAAGUGGCAAGAGUUCUAGGCCAGAGAGGGCUUCACUGAACUCGCGGUAUGAAAGGGCUGUUAAGAGGACAUUCAUAGAUGGAAAUUGUGCAAAGCAAGAAGAUAGUUCGGCACAACAUCCGACAUCACCUCAGUCAGCAGGGCAGCCAGCGCUUGUCCCACAACCCAGUAAAAAAUCAACUUCAAUGGACGGCACGGCUGCUACGGGAGCUUCCCCAGAUCCUGGAGAAAAUAAGACAAACCUGCAGAAAUUGGAACUCCAGUGUUUCCCAGAGACCACCCCACCUGGUUGGCUGACGGAAGGCAAACUGAAGCCGGAAAAGAAGCUAUAUAUCAGCGGAGGAAAGCUCCAGAGCCUCCGUGCGGAACCGGGCAAGGACAUAACAUGGACAGUGCAGGUGCUGCGCCUGCGGUUCUUGAGAGAUCUCAAGGGGGAUUGGGGCGAGGUGCAAAAGUUAUUCCCAGGGCUGGUUUACCUGGAGAAGGCAAAAUGUCCCAGGCUCUCAUUUUUCCCCUGCGAUGAGAAUGGAGUCUGGCUGAAGCAAGAGAGCGAGUCGGAAAUGGCGGACCUGGGCUUGACAUGGUCGUUCAGAAGACGUAGGACUCCAUUAAAAUGCACGUAG